AUGGAAUUACAUGAAGCAUUUGUGUUAUCAUCCAAGAUGGAGUCUCUCCCGAAAGAAGUUCUGUUUCUGAUAUUCGAAAAGCUGCACCCUUUUGAGCUAGUCCCCUUGUCAAGAGUAAAUAGACGGUGGUAUGAAAUCGCGCUUCAUCCUCGGCUUCACAGGUUUUUAAAAAAAUAUCGCGCUUUUAUGAAGGAUCUUAGACUGUAGAUUAAGCUCAAUAUUUUAGUUAACUAAACGUCAGAUCACCCGCCCGCUUUAUAUACAUCUUUAAAAGCUGCGGGACCACAGGAGCAGUUGCUUAAUAUCUCUUCAAGGUUACUGGGUAUUCUGAAGUUGCUCCAAUGUUUUAUAGGGUCAUGGUCAUUUUUUGUAUAUUUUAUAACUCAUAUUAUUGCUACUGUACAUUGUACUGUAUUAUUAUUAUUAUUAUCAUUAUUAUUAUUAUUAUUAUUAUUAUUAUUAUUAUUAUUAUUAUUAUUAUCAUUAAACACAGCUUCUGGAUGGCUUGCUGGAAUCUUCCUUAAACAGGCAUGAGUCACUGCGGGUUGAAAACCGAUCUCACGCCGGCUGGGUGUCUAUGACUUUGAAAAAUGUGAAUUCUUGCUUGCAAAAAUAUGUUAAUCAGACCCAUGUAAGAACGAAAACCAUAUGUAAAAUGAAUAAAUGACAAUACCUCUGCAAUGAUUCCGAACGACAUGUGACACCAGUCUCUGGUAACCACUUUUCUAUAUAUUUCGAAACAGUUCCUGAUGCACCAAUUAUGAUUGGCACCACAGUUACUCUGUAUAAUUUCCAGAUCCAUUUCAACCGUUUUUUUAUUUUUUUAAUAUAAUUUUUUAUUAGUUCAUAGGUGGUCUGUUUUUAUAUGGGAUUUAGGACUCCUUUACAUAUUAUCCUUUGGCCUUUGACCACAGAUUGUGAUAAACAAAUAAAUAACUCCCUAUUCAGGUCUUAGUAGUUCUCAAAUUUCUCUUUCUCUUUGUAUUUCACAUGGAUGUCAAAUGGACAAGCAACAUCAAUAUUUUAACCUGAGGCAAAAGUGCUCCAGAUUCAAAAUGAUGGGCAAUGAUUGAGGAGGAAGAGGAGGGAGGAGGGUUUGUCUAGGGAAGGAGAACUAUUGAUACUUUUUUUGAGGUUAAGAAUUAGAAAAUAUAAAUUAAGGGAUUUUUUGGCAGGGGAGGAGUAUCUUAGUUAAGUGUAAUGCUGAACAGCAACAUUCCGACUACAAUACUAGGUUAAGCUUUGUAUUCUAACGUUAUUAAAUUGUUAAUAAUGAAUGGUCUUAUUUACUUUCUCAGAUGCAUUGAUUUUCAUCGUAAACAUGAUUUAUCAUCUCUGGUGAUCUGCAGUUAUAUCAGCAAGUUCAAACAUUGUCUUGAGGAGGUGAAUUUGCUGGAGUGUUACUGGUUGAAAGGUACCCUUCUUUCUAAUGCCUUACAGAAGUGCAGAAAAUUGACUUCUCUCAAUGUCUUGGGUUGUGACAUUACAAAGAAGACCAUCUGUUCUGUUUUGAAACUGAACAAUCUCAAAAGACUGGACUGGUCUGUCAGUUGCUUUGAUCUUAACUUUAAUGAUAUCGUUGGCUCAAACAGGAAUGACCUUUUAAAAAAAGUGUUAAUAUCAUUCUGCAGUGAACUUUCAGGUGCUUUCUCAGGAUUGGAUAGCCUUACAGUUCGUUUUCCAUUGUUUCAUGGAACAUCCAAGUUUUCCUUUCGUUGGAUCAUUAAGUUUGGAGUGCCAUUGAUUUGCAGCGAGCUUGGCUUAAAAAAGUUUACCCUUGAGUGGGUGGAUGAAGUAGGAAAAUAUAUUCACUUUUUUAAAAUCUCCAUUGAGGGAAGCAGAUUCCAGUUCCAAAAGAAUGACUUAGCUAAAAUAAGUGAUCGCAGUAUUCUGGAUGGCUUCAAUGGUCUGCCUUUGCUCGAUUUACAUGAGAUGACCUGCAAUGCGAUUAAGACCUUGCUAGACAAUGAAGCUUUGUCUACAUUUCUUUUACCUUAUGAUCAUUCUGACCAGAAAUAUACUUCUUUUGAAAAACUUGAGACAAAACCCUGUUUAGUCAACUUGGAUGUGCCCUUGCAAUUUCUGGAUGCUACAAGUUUGAAAUCACCAGCUUUCAGUGAGCAUGCUCUGCGAUAUCUAAACCUUGCAAGAAUAAGGAGCAUUGAUGGCCAUUUACUGCAAGUAAUAGCAUCUUCGUCACCAAACUUAGAAAUUCUUAAUUUACAGGAUUGUACUGGCUGUCUUGAACCGGUAAGUAUCAUAGUCUUGAAAUAUGAACCUACAUUCUUUCAUGUAAAUACAGGAUGUAUGAUUGUGUUUGUCAUCUUUGUGUGACUUUGUGAUAUUAAGCCCUUUAGAAGAUGAAGUCAUUUUGACUAGCCCUUUUUUUGAUGAGCAGGAUUAAUAAGUAAUUAAUUAAUAUUUACACUUUUAGUUAUUAAUUUGUUCUUUUUGCCCACAAGCAAUUUUUUGCCUUGGUAAUGUAUUAUUGAAGGCAAAUUUGUUUGUGGGCAAAAACCCUAAUUCUUUAGGCAAACUCUCUUUUAUUCCUUAGACUGUCCAAAGUCAAAAUUCAAUGAAAAUCCCAAAUUUCAUUUUGUAAAAAUUCUCAAAAAUAAAUUAUACCAUUUGAAAGGACAAUAAUUCUCUUUAAAAAGGGUGCUUUUUGUGUAAUUAAAUAUGUGAAAUGGUUGUUUUUGUUGUUCUUUCAAGAUUCAUGGAUUAGAGUCAAUAGCAGAAUUUUGCCCAAAGUUGGCCCAAUUAAACCUAAAUGGAGUACAUGACCACACGUUUUUAGAAAAACCAAGCGGUGUUAUGGAGAUCAUUGCAAAGUUCAAUAAUCUAAUGACCUUCAGCCUCUGUGCCUGUGGGCUUGGAACACCUAGUAAAAACAAAAGCUCCAAUAACAGUUCUAAAUGGAUGGGUCAUUGUGGUACAAGUAGCAGUUCAAGUUCAAAUGCUAGCAGUUUUCAAGGUGCAACUGCAGUAUGUGACGAUAGAACUCAGUGGAACAAGUUAAAUGUUGAAGAAUCAUUUUAUUGCCUGACAAAAUCAUGCAGUGGAAUAACAGAAUUUGAGCUCAUAAAAGACAUCCCAAGAAGCUCAACAUCAUCAGAAACCAGCUCUACAGGCGAUCCUGCUUUUGUAAAGACUUACAAAAAAGAGUAUUUUAGGUAAGUGCCUGCCCUCUUUCCUCAGGCAUACUUUCGAGCAGCCUUUUAAUAGGCUUUGGCGAAAUUGAGUACUUUACAUGUUGGGCCAUACUUAGGAUAUGGUCACACUAUACCAGAUAGUUCAAAUACUGUUGUGGUGAGAAGUUUGAUUGCUGCUGAUCUUUCUUUUGAAUUUCUUUCCCUUAUCAUGUGCCAGUUACUGUAUGUCAGCAUCUGGUACUGUAUAUUGGGGGUGGUGAAUGGUAAAAUCUGGGACUUGCUGACUCAUUGAUUCCUUUGUUUUAAAACUCAAGAAAUUGUGGCCAAGCAUAUUUUAAAGGGGCUCUGUCAUGCUAUUUGCUAUCUUUCUUGUAAGCAAAAUGUGUCUUUGGUAUUGAAUUCACAUUCAAAUUUGCAUUGAAUUUGCAUUAAAUUCCAACAUUUCAAUUUUGUUAUAUAUAUUUAUAUUUAAUAUAUAUGACUAAAUACUGUAUAAUUAUACAUUUAGACAUUGGAACAUUACUGUUUCCUGUUGUCUUUUGCUAUUCAACAUAAUCUGCUCCUUUAAGAGAAACCUAACUAGCUCAAGACGAUGGGGCCAAACAUUUAUGACUCUGAGACAGAAAUAAGCAUGAAAAAGUGGAACUUCCGACUCAUUACAGCCAUUGUACUUGUGAGAUUCUGAGAUCAGCUCAAAUUUUCCGAGGCCCGUGGACAGGUUCCUAGGUCAGGUAAAAUAAGGUAAGAUGGGUGAGGGAAAACUUACUUGGGGCACAAUAUCUCCUUUUGAUAAUUAAAAAGUACAUACUACAUUGUAGGCUACAUUUUCAUCCCCAAGACACACUUUCAUGUUUUUCAUUCUCACUCAGGCCUAACACAAAUGGAUAUCAAGCAAGGUGUUAUUUAAUGAGACACUCAUACAGUACUUUGAUGGCAAUUACAAAUUGGAGAAAUUUAAAGAGGCUUACACUUUCAGGUUUGUAUAAAAAAGGCAUGAUUAAAAAUGUUCAGUCUCCAUCUGCUUCAAUAAAGCAUUCAGUACUUUAGUAUUUUUCAUUUUUUUACUUUUCUCAUUCCUUUACUUUCCCUUCUCCUCCUUUCCAUUAAGUUUUUCUGUUUUCUUUUCACUCUAAUAUUUUUAUGGUACAUUUUCCUCUUCUCCUUGCCUUCUUCCCUAUUUACUUUUUCUGCAUCCUUUCUUUGCACUGAUUUCUUCCUCCUUUUCAUUCUAUCCACAUCAUCUUUAUUUCACUCUGUCAACUGUCUUCUCAAAUUCAUUCCCUCACAUUCUUCCCUUUGCUUCCUUGUACUCCACUGUGUAAAUGUCUGCCCUCCUUUUCCUACUCCAGUUCCCUUUCUUCCUUUCUCCUCUUCCUAUUCUCUCCUGUCUUUGUUAACAUAAUUUUAUAUUCAUUUUUUACUCUCUUUCCCUCCCUUUACUUCUCUUUCUUCACCACCCAUUUUUCCUGAAGGUCUCAUAUUUUAUUCUCUUUGCACAUUUGACCUUUCUUACAUCACACCCACUGACCUUUUUCCUGUUCCAUACGUAGAGCUCAUCUUCCAUUGUCUUCUGCUUCAUUCCCUCUUCUAACUCCUUACUUCUCUUCUUUUGUGUUUUGAGCUAAACUGGGGCAAGUGUUUUUUUUUUUGCAAAAUGCAGAAAGUUUGUUAGUACAGUGACUCUGACGUUUUUAAGUGAUGUACUUUGUAUACAACCUUUUUGUUUCCUCUAUAGUGCCUAUUGCACAAGGUAACUUUGAGUUUCUUGUCGCUGUGACACAAAACUGUCAAAAGUUGGAGUUCCUAUCUCUGGCGUCAUUGGCUCGUCUUAGUCACUCUGGCAAUGUGGUCCUUCUUCAAAAGGCUCUUUCACACUGUCAUCAACUCAGAGAUUUCAGGUAAGGCUAAACCAUUAAUGAAGGAAAGCAAUGUGUUAUAAAUUCAUGGCAACUGGAGGCAAAAAUUUCAGGAAAAUACUGAUUAGAAUUAGAUGAAUGGAAAGUUUAUGGAGGGUUUUCCCAUGACAGUUUUACCUGCAUUUCAAGUUCUCAUGCGUGUGGAUCGAAAAUCUGAUCUCAUGGCGGUUCACACCUGUGGACCAGUUUUGAGUUUUACCUUGCCAAGUCCAUGCACAACGUCUUCCCAGGCCUUCUCAGUCAAUGCAUUUUGGUGACGUAUCCAAAAUGAAUGGCUGGUAGAUGCCCACAAAACUUGCUCGGACUACGUGACCUGAAACGCAUCGUCCACGGACAAUAAUUAGGACUAAGCAAACUUUUCCCUAUUACUGUACAGCCAACCGACCCAUAUCUGAGAAUAUUAAAAUAUAAUAAUGCAAAAUGAUCCAUGGAGAACCAAUACAAGGAAAGAAAAAGUUAUUUAAGUCAUCAGACUUUCUUUAAUUAUUUAUUCAUUUCGAGAGAACUUUGGAAAUCUUUGGAACAUUCUCAGAGGACUUAAGAUAUGAUGCAGGGUUUCUCUAUUAAGGAUCUCCCCUGCUACUUCCCCCUUCCCACUCUUCCCCCUCUUGAAUUGUUUUCUCACUAUCCCUCACCAGAGCUAGGUAACCUGUGUACAGACGUCCCCCUCCACCCAGAAAAAAGGGGAGGGGAGCAUCUGUAUAAGGGCUAUCAGCAGAGAUCUGAGCUUUUUACAUCAACUACCCGGGUUGAAAACUUGUGCAUAAACUUAAAACUUAAAAAAAUUGACAAGGCGGGAGAACAACCUGCUACAAAGUAUCUCCAAAUCGGCUGAAGACCCUAUUGUAAAAAUUGCAUUGCCACAAAUCACAGUGCAUAUUUUCUGAUGUAAAUAGUAAUUUAUUACACCUUUUUCAGAGGGAGAUACAAUUCAUUGUGAUUUUCAUGACAUAACUUUGGUUGUUUGUUUUUCAGACUCGAACAGCCAAACCUCAGCAUAACUGAAUCAUUUAUCCUGACCCUUAGUGAGCUGAAACACCUUGAACGGGUCUGCAUCAUUGCCAGGGAAGGAGCUAUAAAAAUGUACACACAAUCAGUCAUUUCUUUGUUUGAGAAGGUAUAACAAAUUAUUGUUCUUCCAGCUGUUGAAAUUAACCCAUGUUUACAGGUCAAGAGCAAUAUUUUUUGGAGGGUGUUGUCUUUGUGUAUCAUUGCACAAAUUCAAUUGUCUGAUUUGGUGCAAUGAUGCCCAAUUUUUUAAAGGUCUGCCAGUCUCUAGUGGGUUAUUUUCCAAGAGACUUAAACAGAAUUGACCGCAGUUGUUUACACUUUUAUACCAUGUAGAUCAUCAUGAAAUUCACAUAUUCAUUAUUUCAUGAUGAUUUUCAUCUCAGUUCCCCGGGUAUAUUACGAACCAAUUUAAUGACCAGCUACCAGAUGGCUUAGUGGCGCAAUUAGUUAGAGAGCUGCACGGGUAUCACAGAUGAUCUUCUUUGCUUUUAUAUCUUCAUCCCGCAGUUCUAAUACACGAAUUUCAUUUAUUCAUUUUUUCAUGCCAUUUAGUGUUCCAAAUAUUGCUGUGCCUCACUACUCUAAUAUGAAAAAUUAUGAUCAACCUUCUAUGGGGUUUAGUUGGAAGCUUAGUUAAGUCAUGGUUACUAAGGAGAUUAUAGAAGGGGGCUCUUGGGGAUUCUCAGCAAAGCUGAUUUUUUUAUUCAGUGUCUGUUCAGUUUGCCCCUGUUAGUGUGAAAGAAUUAAUUUUUUCCCUGUUGUUUUAGAACAAGCAUUUUCAAGAACAAAAAUUCCUUAAAUUGUUACUCCCGUUAAAAAGUUUAAAAGCGCAUCCUGCUUUAAUUGCUGAGUGUUAUGGUUAGGUCCUAAAUAAAAAUUGGAACCUCAAUGAACGUCCGAUGUUCAUUGUUACCUUUUGAAAUCUUUCUCGAUCUUUCAGUGUUGUAAGCUGAUUUAUUUUCAAGUGCUCUGUGACAUUACACUCAAAGCUAGUAAAGCAUUGAUGGAUUGCUUGGAACGGAGGUAACUACACUAAUACUCAUUUCUUUUGCUUGGACAUGUAGCAGGGGCACCCAACGUCAAUUUUCGGAAAAUCUCUGUUCGGAAGACGAUUUGAGAUGUAGAAUUUUCGGAACAUUUGUUGUAACAUUUCUUGCUUGCCUACCUCUCCUAGGAUUUUUGAACAUCUAAAAAAUGGUAUAAUUGCCCAUUUUGAACGGAGUUUUAACCUAAAAAGGUCACCUAGAAUUUUCGGGAGCCUUUUUUCUGGCUAAAAUGUUCGAAAAGGUAAGUUUUAAUCCCGAUAAUUUUCGGAUCACUAGACUUUCAGCUAGGAAAUCUGGACUGAUGAAAAAUUUUCAGGGGAUAAAAAUAUUCCUAUAUCUACUGUUUGAAUUCUAAAAUACGUUUAACAAUGUUAGUUUUAAGUGGUUUUGAAGUAUAUUCUCGUUGGGUGCCCCUGAUGUAGCAUUAGGGAGCUUAAGAAACCACAACGAUGACGACAACGCCAACGUCGUCAAAAAACAAUUGUUUUUUAUGGGCAAAACAACAGCUCUGCACGUGCAUCAAGCUUUUAAUAUAUUUCUUUGAUGUUUACUGUUCGAAUAAGUGUUCCAUUCUGUGCUCCAUUCAUUCGUGUAGUGGACGUCAAAGAAAUGUACUAAAAAGCGUGAUGUACGUGCAGAGCUGUUGUUUUGAUCUUUAAACCCAUUGUUUUUUUGAAGUCGUCUUUGUGGUCGUCGUCGUAGUUGCUUAAGCUCCCUAUUAAUGAGCUUAAGCAAACACGUCUUUGGAAGACACACGUCAACCGGAAGUGAGGCCUUUUCUCUUUUAAUAUGCCUUAACCCUUUAAGUCCCAAUAUCCACAUACCAAUUCUCCAAACUGGUCUUCAUACAUUUCCUUAAAGAAUGAGUUAAGAGAAUUUGGUAAACGAUCAAGGUAUUUAUCUUUGGUGAUCAUUUUUUUAAUUCUCAUAACCUAAUCUCUUAACAAUGUAUGGAUUGUGUUAGGAGAAUAUUGAUGUUGGACACCAUUGGGACUUAAAGGGUUAACGCUACCAAAUUUGUCUUGCUAAGUAUCUUUACUCCUGUUGAGACAAUUUGCCAGAAAAGGUGGGAAAAAUCGCUGCCCAAGUAUGCAAAACGUCCACUUCCGGUUGACGUACUACGCUCAAAAACGUUUCAGUUUGCUUAAGCUCCUUAUUGUAGGCUUAGGUUCUUUAUUUAGGAACUGCAACUACUGCUCUACCUUAACUAUAAAUGCUCAAUUCUUUGUGUUAUAGAAGGUACAGGUUAAAGGUCCUGUAUAUAAGCAGUACUCAUUAAAAAGGCAAACCUGAGGCCGGCGGUGUGCUGUUUCCAACUGUGCUCUGUUUCAUGGGUUUUUACACAGAAUGGAAAGUUUCAUGGGUUUUUACACAGAAUGGAAAGAAGUCGAAACAAGGAUUUGGGAAUCAAUCUCGGAAGGAACGUGGCGCAAUAACCCACUGUGUUAAUCCUUGUUCCUAAACAAUAACAGUCAAUGUGAAUGAUCACGUAGUUUCCCCAGAAUCGCCGUUUUUAGGUGACAAUGUACUAGUGAUUACCGUCCAUAUAAGGGAGACCUGCGAAACCCCUUCGGUAAUCUUCGUAACGUUUCGGAAUUGAUCGGGUCCUCCUUGCAAAAUUCUGGCACUCCUAGGAUAAGAAUCUCACGCUUUUCACUAACACAAAGUUACAUGUAAGUGUCUUCCUGAAAUGUUUUCAAAUGUAUCUAUGACAUGUUUUCUCUCGGCAGAUUUGCUGCCUCACGCCCAGGAUUGGUGGUAUCUGUUGUUCCUUACUGCCGUAAUCAGGAUGCUGGGGAACUUUAUCCGACUGUUGUGAAGUCUGUGCCAGUUGUGCAUCUAAAAGAACUGUUUCUCUUUGGUUCUACAGUUGCAACUGAAGCUAACUGAUAGCUCCUAGUUACGAACUAGCGUGCGUAACGGUCGUUACUGUUUCCUUAGCCUGCAUAGCUGGCGCUUUAUGAGCGAAGCGAGACGAAAACGGCAUAUCGCGCGAAUCGCGAGGCGAGGGGAUUCGCGCUCGUCUCGCGAUUCGCGCGAAAUCGCUUGGCUCAUAAAGCGCCAGUUACGCAGGCUACCGUUUCCUUUAGGCCAAGCGGGGGAGGCACAAAAGACGCGCGAGGCAAAAAGGACCAAAAUGGCGUAAAGGAAACGGAAACGACUGCUACGCAUGCGCAGGCUAGUUAGGAACUGGAAAAAGAAGUUUUUUUAAAAGUGUAAAAAGCUUUCUCAGUAGUUUUCACAUCAGUGAACAGAUACCUUUCAGGUAUAGUUCCUGCAGACAGCAGAGACAGUAAUCAAUUUAUCAGUGUUAAUAAAAAAGGAAUAAAAGUGGGC